AGGAUUGUCGUGGUGUUUCUUGUUUAUGGCAGUUGCUGCAGUUAGAGCCGGAAAGAAACACAAAAAAGGACAACUUUAGAAACAGAAGAGGUGAGACUGAGAUCGAAACCACCAAAAAGAUGUAAGUGUAGAGAGACCCAGGAAAUUCUAGUCAAUAUUUUACGGUUCGUGUAGCAAAAUGGCAACCCCCGGCACGGCACAGGCCGCCGCUAAUCUGGCGUUGUUGAAGAAGAAAAAGGAGAAAGCAGCCUUGAUGAAGCGCCAGAAGGCGGGCGCGAUGGCCCGCCGGGUUCCGGUCCUGAACAUGAUCGAAGACAGCAGGUUCCGUCAAGACGAAGCAUUUUUAGAAGAAACGCUCCUCCCCGACUUGUACAAAGACAGGUCACUGAAAGCCCAGGCCUGUACGGUCUUCGGCUCCGUGGACGCGCUCCUCCACUGUAUCCUCGCACCCACGGGCGGAAUCUGGGACAGCAUUUUGCGGACGUUUCUGAUCGACCUGUGGUACCGGGGCGGGGAAGAGAUUGUGAACACGUUGAAACAGGCGAAGCUGGAGCCCGCGGCGCUGGAAAAGCAGCUCAUGGAGAAGCAAAAGAGGAAGGAAAUCCGCGAGCGACGAAAGCGGAUGCUGGAGCGCGCGAACGGCAAGAAGAAACGAGCUCUGCUGAUCCAACUCGGUGGGGUCGACACCUCCAGCUCCGACGAGAGCGAGUCCAACCUCCCACCCGCCGGGGGAAAAAUCUUGCCGAACCACACGCUCAAGGCGCGAGAGAAGAUCGAGAACCUGACCUUCGGGAGGGUCGCGAACGGAAACGAUCAUAAGUUGCUGAAGCGAGCUGACAUGGUUCUGCUCGCAAGGAGAUUCCCGAUCUACUUUUACUGCGACCCGCGACUGCCGCAGCAGGACGCGUCCACGAUAGCGGCGGCGUUUCAGUCCGAGGGGAUGCAUUUCAUUCCCACGUUGUCCCCGGAGAACGCAUUUGUGGUCUUCUACCCGCUGGAAGAGAUCUUGGUUAAUGAAGAGGAAAAUAAGUUGGGGACCAAAACGCUUGCCACGGGGGAGGACGGGGGCAUUUUGAAUCCGAAGGUGCGCAGGUUAAAUUCCGACGUGGAUGAGAAGUCGCCAAGGGCAGAGCUGGUGCACCAAAAUGGAACCACCACAGUAAAGAGCGAGCGAAGCAGCGUUGUCACCACGAACUCUGAACAGUUUGAUUCUCCGCUACGCGCGAGGCCGAUGCAGGUCGCGGUCUUCGUUGCCUCCGAGGCGGACUGCGGCAAGGGGAAACAGGACUGUGCGCAGGCGACAAUUUUCGGGAAUAACGUGUUCAUCGGACCGGAGUCCGCAUGGCCGAAGGCGGACGACAAUACGCAGAAGGAUUGGGUGGGCGUCGCGCGGGCGACCGGCACGGUAUUUUACCCGGAUGGCUGUGUGGAAAGUUGCUAUUCCAAGACGGUGCUGAUGCGCAAGGGACGGAAGAACGAACGGCCUAUGGUGCUGUGUAACGCCCUGGAAAGAGGACUGUAUCCGGGACAGGUACUGCUGAAAUAUGCUUUGCGUUGUUGGUGCUUCGAUUCGCUUGAGUUUGAUUUACAUGAAAGUAGAACAGAUUGUUAUGCAUUUUGAAUGCUCAGUUGGAUGCAAAUUUCCACUUCGUCCUAAAAUUCCACCGCAGGGUCCCGCCCGACAGGCGGCGCGUUGGAUUGCGCAGCAGGAGGUUUCCCGGCGCAUGGCAUUUACGGGCGCGGGGAUUUCUGCAGAAUCUGGCGUUCCCACGUACCGCGACCCGGGCGGCUUGUGGUCCUUCUACGACCCGGAGGAAGUUUCGUCGAUCAAGGGGUUUGCGCUGGACCCACGAAAGGUGUGGGCGUUCGAGUUUGAGUUUUUCAAACUCCUCGCCCAGGUGCACCCCAACCCGGCGCACGAGGCCCUGGCCAAUAUGAAGUUCCGCAUCGUGACGCAGAACGUGGACGGGUUGCACCAGGAGGCAGGUAGUGAAACGGUUGUAGAGGUGCACGGCUCGGAAGUGCGGGCGAUUUGUCUGCGGUGUAAGAAGACGACCGACAUGAGCGAAGUGGUCAGGACGAUGCAGGAACGGGGGUCUUUGUGCCCCGACGGGACUUUCAAGUUGAACAACAACAUGCAGGACUUUCUGAAGGACGUCGCUGCGGAACAGGAAAAAAAGCCAAUUACAACUGUCGGCGCAGUUGCGGUAGUGCCAGCAUCUACUUCAAAUGGGACGACUGGAACUGGUGAGGCUGCAAUCGUCGGCCCCACGUUGCCCCAAGCUGCAGUAGCAGAGACGAAGAAGAGUCCGAAGAAGUCCCCUGCUACUUCGGUUGCCGGUGCUAACGCGGCAGGUACUAAUGCUGCACCAAGGGUAUCAACGACAUCUUCCGACGGUAAAAAGAGUCGGAGCAAAUCCGUCAGCAGCGACAGCAGUGCGGCGAGUGGCAUGUUCGGGGAAAAGUUGCGUAAAGGAAAGAAGAUCCGGAAGAAGGCGGACCGGUCCAAAGCGGGGGACUUCGAUCGUCUGCACGCCGACGCGGAGCUCUCGGAAUUGGCGAAAAAGUGCUUGAUGACUUACGCAAUCAAGUGUCGCGCGAAAACAAAGAAGUCGGUCCGGGAGAAACUGAAGAAAAAGAAGCAGGAGCUGAAGAAGAAGAGAGAAGAACUGAAAAAAAAUGGCGGAGUCGCCGCAGUCGAAAAGAAGGGCGACGAGAAGGUUGAAAAAAGUAAGUCAGGAUCUGAAUCCAGCAGUUCCGACGUAAGUUCUGACGGGGAGGGCAGUUUGAAAACGGAAUUAGAGAAACUAGGGUUAAUUUCCAGCAGCUCGUCUGGCAGUGGAUCAAAAUCCUCUUCCUCCUCGACAUCUUCCUCUUCCACGACCCUAUCGCAGUUCAACUUGAAGAACGGCCCGAGACUAGCGGAAGUGCCACUCUGUGGGCACUGCACCGGACAAACGGGCGACAAGUACUACGAGCGGGCUGCGGUCGAACAGAAAAUCAUUUUUAAGGCGGCGAGCGUCGACAGUAACAAGUCGGAUAUAAUCAGUACUUGUGUAGUGGACGAUAAGGAUGAAAAGAUGUUGGAAGAGAAAGAAAAAUCCGUCAAUUUAGUGGAUAUCGUUUCAGAGCAGCCCGACGCUGUAACACCAACAGCAGCUUCUUCUCCCAACAAGCAGAGUAAAAAAAACCCAAACAUUCCUGUCGGCGUUUUGAAGCCCGACGGGAUCUAUUUCGGGGAGGCGCUGGAGCGGAAGACCCUCAAGGCGGCCAUCCGCACGGCCCGGGAGUCUGACGUCGUUUUGAUGGUGGGAACCACGGGCAAGGUGGAUCCGGCACGGCAGAUGCCAUUGCUAGCGAAAGCGCACAACGGCGCGAAGGUGGUGGAGCUGAAUCCAAAUCCGACCCUUCUGUCGAAAGUUGCGGACUAUGGAUUGCAAAUAUGUCUGGGUCUGGAAGAGCCAAACUUGUGAUGCUGCAUUUGGAUGCUAAAAAAAUCUGUAUUGCAUCAGUAGCAAGAGGAGUCAAAUUUGGCUACGUGGAGAGGGCAUUUGUCAUGCAGGAUGCGCAUCGAUAGGCGCUCAAAAAAUCUGUGAUGCUAUGGUAUACAUCACAGACAUCAUGGAUCAUGGAAAAUGUGCAUGGCAAACUUCUCCUCUUCCAGACCCAGACAUUUUUACAUUUGAUACGGACUUGGCCAUUCGGGAGCCCAGCGCACGGGUCCUACCGUGGAUCACGGAAGAAGUCGAGGCUUUGAGAAAAGUCACCGAAAUGCACGACAAGGCGGGCACGGAGGAGGAGGGAGAGAAGUAGUGAUAAAAGUACUUACUUACUGUAUUACAACGACAAGCUAGAUCAUCUGUAUCUCGUAAAGCUGGAGGCGACGGCAUGCGAGUGUGAUUCUUGUACGGAAAAUUACAGCGGUACUAAGUGGAAGGUUUUUUUUCUGCUUUUUUGAAAAGUAGAUUUUAGCGAAUUGGAAAUAUGUAAAGAAACUGUAUCUCGUACAGCAGCUAACACUGACGAGUUAGAUCAAAAACCAGCGAGCACCAUUACCUGAAAAAAACCCUCUACCUACUUUCUCGAAUUGUCACAGCUACAGUUGUGGUACCAAAGGCACGAAGGCAUCAAACUUCGUCUGGUGGUCGCUGGGCGACUGCUUUUGCAUCUUCAGGCCUAUCACUUUCCUUGAUGGCGAAGCGACAACGACAAAAAUCCCGCUUUUCGAAGAACCUAUGCUACCGCGAAAAAAGUCAAUACUUAUUUUUCAUCCUCGAAACGUGCAUAAUCACCGACACAAUAGUGUUUUUUCCGAACAACUGCACUCUCGUACAUUAUGUUCGGUCGUUCUUUUGUUCGUCCUUUUCUC